AUGGUUGAAAAUUGCACUGUUAACAUCUUUAGUGCAUAUGCACCCCAGAUAGGAUGCUCAGAUGAAGAGAAAGAUCACUUCUGGUCGGAUUUAGAGGAGGAAAUGGAAAAGGUACCAGCAGAUGAAAGAUGCCUUGUCGGGGGAGAUCUGAAUGGGCACGUAGGCCAGAAUAACCAUGGGAUCAGUCGAAUACAUGGUGGGUAUGGCUAUGAUGAAAGAAAUGCACAGGGUGAGAGAAUUAUUGAUUUUGCUGUGUCCAAGGAUAUGGUACUGACAAACGCUUUUUACACCAAGCGGCAAGAACAUCUAGUUACGUACAAAAGCGGCGGAAGGUCCAGCCAGAUAGAUUACUUUAUGUAUAAGAGGAAAGAUUUACGCGAGGUAAAAGAUUGUAAGGUCAUACCAGGAGACCAUGUGAGUGUGCAACAUCGUUUGGUAGUGAUGGACUUGGUUAUGGAAAUUGAACAAAUAAGGAAGAAAAAAAUGCAGGGGCCAAAAUGA